AUCAUCUGGUUCAGAAUCGGCCACUUUCAACUAAUAGAAAUAUAAAUAUUUGGCUGAAUUUACUUGACUCUACUAGUGGAUUAAUGAUCAGUGAUAUAAUUUCAAAGAAAAUUAAGAUUCAAUCCCAUACCUAUGUUGUGCAUUAA